AUGGGCCCAAUUCCUACACUUCUUCUCAAUCUUGACUAUCCUAUGACAUUCGGUCUGACGGUGUAUAUAGCAAUAUGGCAACCAAGGGUCGUGCCGCGGGUGUCCUCCCUAUCAAUGCUGCGGCGACAAGGAAGGACAAGUCCGGCCCCGUCCAGCCAGAUCAUCACCAAGGACACCAAUCCCAAAAAAUUCUGGGAUGCACUUGGUGAUGAAUGGAAGGCUGGUAAUGGCAAGGUCGAUUGGGCUGCUUUCAGAGAGGGAAAAAUCUCGAGAGAUCCAUCGAAACCAUCAGUGCCCGCGCGCGGAUACCUGAGAGUCAAGGAGCAGUCUCUGAUUGACGAGCUCAACAACAAAGUCAGGCAGACACCCUUUCAGGAUGCUAAGAACUCGACUCGUGAUCCAUGUUUGAUUGGCCCACCUUCUCUGGAAUUCGCUCCGUACAACAAAGUUGCUAGCGGACGCGCCAAGAACGACAGCCGACAAGGCACAAUUGACCAGGAUCCGGAAUUUAUAGACUUCCUACAGAAGCUGACGGAGCCGAUCAACAAGGCGCCGAAUGGAGUCGAUAUCGAGACUCCGCUGGAGAAGGCCACGACUACACCGCUCGUAGAGUACCUAAAGGAGAAGAAGGCCAGUAAGGCAAAAGAAGCUGCCGAGAAGAAGAGCGCCAAAGCACGACAGCAGGACCCUAAGGAGGCAAAGCCGUCUAAGACCGAGAAGAUCAUCGUUAAGAGCGCACCUAGCAGUCCCGAGAAAGCAAAAGUCGCUAAAGCCGGCCAGGAAGCUGUGAAGGCGAUCAAUAAAUCCGUCGCUCAGAUACAAGCGAAGCCCACUGCUACGCCUCCCAAGACCGAGACUAAGACCCCAGCAAAAGAGCCAACAGCAGCGGCGGGGCCUGCAGCGAAGAGAGAGCGAGCCAACAUCAGUGCUGCUGCCCGCAUACAACGAGAUCUUGGGCUUGCCCCUAAAGCACCACGAGCAGCACGCAACGCUUCUGCGACCGUGACUCCGGCAUCAGCUACAACAGGCAAUAAGACCGAAGAGAAACCAGCAGAUAAGCCGGCACCGCCUUCCGCCGAAGAGAAGAAAGCAGUUCCCACCAAAGCCGCCGCGAAGCCUACACCCUCAUCGACCACUAUACCACCGACGGGCCCUCGAGCAGCUCGAAACAAUGCACCUGCUGCUUCGGCCGCCCCAGCCACAGCUCCAGUCGCACCUAAGGCCAUCAAUCCACCUCGACAGAAACCUGCACCACAACCGAGUCCUGGAGCAACAUCCGCAUUCCUCAAACAUGCAAAUCCCAGCCAAGGCGUUACAGAAGAACUGCUGCGUACCGUGUUCUCCACGUUCGGCACAGUCACUAGAUGCGAGAUCGAUCGCAAGAAGGGCCUAGCUUACGUGGACUUCGAGACCCCCGAGGCGUUGAAGAAAGCGAUGGGAGCGAGUCCAGUCAGUGUUGGCGAUAAGGGAGCUAAGGUCGUGGUGCUCGAGAACAAUAAGGGCACUCAGAAGAGGACUACAGCCGCGCAGAAAACGCCUGUGCCGGCCACAAUUGCUAGUAAUGUCGCGAAGGUGAACUCGCCCGUCGCAAGUCCUAAGCCCGUGCCCGUGGCGCCGGCUGCAGCGACCCCGGCGGUUCCUACGGCGGCACCUGCGACCGCUAAGCCAACAACACCAGCAGUCGCAUCUGCCAAAGCUCCGAGCGUCCAAAGCAAGGGCACUGCAGAGCCAGCCAAACAACCUCCAGUAACACCUCCAACAGCCCCGCGCAAUGCCAAUAGAGGAGGCGGACAAGGUGCAGGUCGCAGUGGCCGAGGCGCGGCAAAUGCUCAAGCUGGUGGGAGAGGCGGAGGUGGCGGUCGUGGCAAAGGAGCAAAUCGUGGCCGAGGAGGUGCCAACGCAGCUGGUGGAGCAGGCGCAACUGCUGCUACUGCUACUGCUCCAGCUACAGCUGCCACGUCUGCAUCGGCACCUGCGACAACCCAGAGCUCUGCGCCCGCUGUAGCUGCGUCGAGGGCAGCACGUUCCGGCUGCUGCUGGAACCCGAGGUAA